GUGCAGAAGUCCUGCUAGUCUGGUCCUUGUUCCCGUCUGGGUACCAGUUUGCUUCAGCAGCGCAGCCGGUGGGGCCCGAGGCUAGGAGAAGGAGAAGGAGUCAGCUUGCCGGAAUUUUGCAGGUCUGCAGGUCUGCAGGUCUGUUGUUCGUAGCAGUACGCAGGGCUAGAAAAGGCGAGGAAGAAACUGACCGGAUCAGUACGGAAGUAGUUGUUUUCAAAGAAGAAUAAGCAGAAAAAAAGAAAGGAAGAGGGAACGGAAGGAAGAGAGACAGAUACAAGAUGAAACCCUGUCAAAAGAUUGAAGGAAAACCAGAAAAUGAGAGUGAACCAAAACUUGAGGAAGAGCCAAAGCCUGAGGAAAAGCCAGAGGAGGAGGAAGAGCCAGAGGGGGAGGAAAAAACCGAAGGAACUUUUAGAGAAAGGCUGAUUCAGUCUCUCCAGGAAUUUAAAGAAGAUAUACACAACAGGCAUUUAAGCAAGGAAGAUAUGUUUAGAGAAGUGAAUGAAUUAGACGAGAUAAGGAGAGUAAGAAACAAACUUAUAGUGAUGCGUUGGAAGGUUAAUCGAAACCAUCCUUACCCCUAUUUAAUGUAGUUUACCUUGAUUUUUAUUUUUCCUGAUGUUAACAUUACUUUCUUUUGAUUUGCGUUUUCCCAAUACACCUUUGUCCAUCUUUCUACUUUUAACUUGUUGCUAUUAGUGGUUUUAGAUGCAUCUCAUUGUUUAUUUUACUUCAAACCAAUCUACAAGUCUUUGCCUUUUAAUAAGAGAACUUUACUCAUUUGUACAAAAAGAGGUUCCUGACAGGAUAUAAAAUGAAAAAAAAAGUUGCUAAGUAAUAUGUGAAUAUCAUAUUUUUGAAAGGGAAGAGUACAUUUGUAUAUUACAUAUAUGCACAGAAGAACAUGUGAAGGAUGAAAGACAAAAAGUACAGUCAGUGGUAGGAUUAUGAGUGAUUUUUUUAUUCAGCUUAUUUGUAUUUUUCCUUAUUCCUAGAAUGUACACACAUUAUUGUUAAAAAUAAUAAAAGGUUUAUUUA